ACGACGCCGUACAAAGCUGGCGAGACACAGACCUCUCGUUUGGGAGUUUGUCGUCAAAUAUUAGCCCUUGCAACGCUUUCUUCUUCCUUCUUCCUCGUGAAACUCUUCAUUCGUUUGUUUAAAGUCUCUGAUGGGUUUCAUCUCUCAGAAAUCUUGAACCAGAGGAGCUUCAACUUCUAUUGGUUACCUUCAUCGAGGUAGUUGGCUCCAGUCCCAAACUAUUACGAUGUGCAUGCGGCACAACUGUACAAGAGUCACUAUAAGAUUCUUAAAUGUUGCCUCUUCUCGGUCCCAACAAAACCUUCUCACAUAUUUCUUAUCUUUUUUUUUUUUUUAAUAAAUGUUAAAUUAUAUUCAAAAGAAAUAAACUUAUACAAAAUUUGUGUUUGACUUUUUUGAGGACAAUUUUAAAGAACCCUAAACAGAGCAAUUAUACAAAACAGAGCAUUAAACUUGAUAGAGAGUUGCAGCAAACCAAGAUUGAAGAAGAUGGCCCUCUCCAAUGGUACUGAGUCUGUUGCAAACGUUUUUAUCAAGUAGUUGAACCAGCGUUGCCUCCUGAACCGGUGUCUCUCCAUGACGUCGAGCGUUGCGCUCCCUCCAUAGAGAGUGGAUCGUAUUCUGGAAAGUGUAGCCCAAGAGAAACUUGGUUGUCUUGUCCAGGUCAGUGCCAGUGAGUAGGGAGAUAAUUUCAGACCAACUUGUAGUGAAUCUGUCCCCGAGGAGAUCCUCAGUUAGUUUCUUCCACACUUCUUGGGUGAAAGGGCACAAGAAGAACAUACUCGUUUCCAGCGGGUGCUUACAAAAAACACAGGUCGCAUUUGUAUUUUGAUUCCAUACCCUUAGUCUGUCUCCUGUGGAUAAUCUGUUUUUCAUUGCUAACCAGGUAAUGAAAGCAAAUUUCGGCGUCGCCAAUGGGAACCAGAUGGCUUUAUGAUUCGCCUUUACCGGUUUGGCUACACGUAUUUGGGACCAGGUGUCCUUUGUCAGGAACCUGCUGCGGUAAAGAUCAUUCUUCCCUUUCUAGAGUGCCACAUCGUGUUGAUCCUGGACACAAGCAAGCUGACAUUUCCGAAGUUCUUCUUCAACAAGGUUCAGGAGCGGUUGUCUGUGGUUUCUGCGCCUAGUGGAGACCAUUGCAGUUGCCACCGUGCUCGACAGCGGGAUUCCUAGAUCGAUAGGACCCCUGUUCUCAAUUUUAUCAUAUAGUCGACCUAAGGAGUUCCAGUCAUCAAACCAAAAGGAGGUAGAGCAGCCAUUUCUCACCUCAACACGGUGAAACUGUUUUCCAAUGUUUUGAUACUUGAGGAGUUUUCUCCAAAUCCAAGACCCGUGUAUGUGUUAAUUUUUUCAGACCAUAAUGAGCCCGAACAGAUGAGAGCGGAGGCCUAAUCCACCUUCAUGCUUUGGUAGACAAACAUCAACCCAUACAACUUUAGCCUUUUUUGAGCUUAGAGAGGGUCCAGACCAUAGGAAAGCGGAGCAUAACUUGUUUAUUUCUGCAAUGCAAGCUUUAGGGAGUCUGAAAGCAGCUAUUCAGAAAUUAAUUGUGCUAAAUAUGACAGAAUUUAUGAGUUGCAGUCUACCACCAAAGAAUAGCGACCGUGCAGUCCAUGAGCUGAUUUGGGAUCGUAAGAGUCUCUUGGAGUGGUAAUUGCAUAAUGCUUAUGAUAUAGUGGAAUGUUUGGAAAAGCUCUUCUUUUUACAUUUGUUUCAAACGACGCCGUAAUGAAUCGGAAACGACGAGGGCCUCUCGUUUGAGAGAGGGUGAGGAAAAAAUCAUAUCUUUGACUUGCGGUGGUGUGUCUUGUCAAAUGUCAACCAUGGCGAAGACCGAGCAACGAUCUCUCUCUUUUCCCUUCUUAUGUGUCUGUCUUCGAACAGAGUUUUCAACUCUUAAAACUCCAUUGGAAAAGCUUUUUUCCUGUUUUGAUUUUCCAUGGCUUUACCUUCGUGCUUAAAGACUGGAGCUUUAAUAUCUCCGGCCGCCGGAUUUAGUCUUACCGGAAGUCUUAUGAAGUCGGACGACAGUGGCUUUGCUGUUCCGACAAAUUUACAAAGUAUUCGAAAAGGUGAUCGGGUAAGAUUGAGAAUCCAAGCUGUUUUCAGCUUUCCACCUGUGUUUCUGACAAAGAAGGGUCGAGCUGAGAAGCAGAAACAGCUCAAACAGGAACUUCUAGAAGCCAUUGAGCCUCUUGAACGUGGUGCCACUGCUACGCCUGAUGAUCAGCGUCGGAUUGAUCAGUUAGCACGUAAGGUGGAAGCAGUAAACCCAACAAAGGAGCCUCUGAAGUCUGAUUUAAUCAAUGGGAAAUGGGAGCUCAUUUAUACAACCUCUGCUUUGCGUUUGCAAGCCAAGAAACCAAGGUUCUUAAGAUCAAUAGCCAACUACCAAUCUAUCAAUAUGGAUACACUAAAGGUGCAAACCAUGGAGACUUGGCCUUUCUAUAACUCGGUAACUGGAGACUUGACACCCCUCAGUUCAAAGAAGGCUGCUGUGAAACUCCAAAUGUAUAAAAUUCUCGGCUUUAUUCCUGUAAAAGCACCUGAUGAUACCCCACGUGGUGAACUAGAGAUUACCUAUGUGGACGAGGAACUACGGAUAACAAGGGGUAAAGGCAACUUGUUGUUUGUAUUGAAGAUGUUCGAUCCCACUUAUCGAAUCCCUGUCUGAUCGAAAAAUUGGUUCCAAGUAAUCAUACAUACCUUAUAUCUCUCAUGUGUCAUAAUGUAACAUAAUAUCCAAUAAGAGAGAAUAAAAACAAGAGCUUCAGCAAACGUUUAAACUUGUUCUGAUCGACAAUGCUAAGCAACAAAAAGCUCAAAACCUUAAAUA